CUUCAGACAGAGGACGAGGUUUCAAGCAAGAUAGUCUAAUAACCGAAUCAGUGCUUACCCAAGCAUCAUCAAACAUGUCGAUUUGCUCGUCGCUCGUAACUUACACUUAAUUCUUGCUGAUGUUUGUAAUGGUAGCUACAGUAUAGUUUAAAAUACAAAUUACUAGUUGUCAUACAGGCGAAAAAAAUCGCAUGUUUCAGUGAACUUUGUUUAACGGUACAACUGCAUAAUUUCGGAACACAGUACAUUAGCUAGUACUAGUCUAGACUAGUCUAAGGUAUGUAGAUAGCUCGCCAGUGCGAACUCGUGUUCGGAAUGUUAGCUAACCGUCUAUUAAUUAGAUGUAAUUUGUUUUCGUGAGUAUUAUACCGAUGGACUGGUCGCGUUAGAUCAUUAGUCCACCACUGUCCAGUUAUCAGCUUAAGCAUCCCACCAUUCCUCUCUGACUAUUUAAAAACGAAGAGAACGAAAGCACGGCGCCAAGGUAGCAAGCGCAUACGCAUUAGCAAACAAGAGAUGGAGAAUGGAAAGAUGCAGUUCUCUGUGCCAGUAAGCAGAGACAGGGUCAUAUCCAAGUUUCCUAAGUGGUACACCCCUCAGUCCUGUCUGCAGACCAAGGAUCACUGGCACGUCCGGGUGAAGACCGCCUGCAAGGAACGGGCCCCCUGGAGCCUGGGAAUGAAAAUGUCGAAGGUGGUGGUGGUGGGAGACCUGUACGUCGGCAAGACGUGUCUAAUUAACAGGUUCUGUAAGGACCUAUUCGACAGGGACUACAAGGCCACCAUCGGCGUGGACUUUGAGAUCGAGAGGUUUGAGCUGUUGGGGGUUCCCUACUCUCUACAGAUCUGGGACACAGCUGGCCAGGAGAAAUUCAAAUGCAUCGCCUCCACCUACUACAGAGGAGCUCAGGUGAUAAUCAUCGUCUUCGAUCUGGCCGACAUCCGGACUCUGGAGCACACGCGGCAGUGGCUGGUGGAGGCGAUGAAGGAGAACGACCCGCGGUCCUGCAGCAUCUUCCUCAUCGGCACCAAGAAAGACUUGCUGGCGCCCGCGGAAUGCCAGAGGACCGAGAGAGAUGCCAUCAAGAUGGCGGCCGACAUGCGGGCAGAGUUCUGGUCCGUCUCGUCCAAAACGGGGGAGAACGUGCGGGAGUGCUUCUUCCGCGUGGCGGCGCUGGCGUUCGAGGACAGCAUGCUGCAGGCCCUGCAGGGAGGGGCUCCCUCUCACAUCGGAUCCAGUGACCUCAUCAAGAUCGACCGUGACACAGCCAAGGACCCGCAGGCUGCAGAUGAGAAGAGGCUAUCCUGCUGUUAGAGAGAGCUGCGGAGCAGGGAGGAGGAGGAGGGGCGAGGGUGGGGCCUGACCCGCGGACCAAUCGGCUCGCGUGCACCCUGCCCCGCAGCGCACCUCAGCUCUGCGCCAGAUCUGGAUCCAAAAGCUGAAAAACUCCAACCGUUUUAUACUCGAUCAUGUGACUCGCCAGCCCUGCGGCUCCACCAGCCAAACUGCCGCCCAUCUGGAGGGGAAGCCAGCGGGGACAGUCCCAAACUGCAGUCCUGGAGGGCGCAGUGCCUGCAGGUUUAACUCCAGUCCUGGAGGGCCGCAGUGCCUGCAGGUUUAACUCCAGUCCUGGAGGGCCGCAGUGCCUGCAGGUUUAACUCCAGUCCUGGAAGGCCGCAGUGCCUGCAGGUUUGACUCCAGUCCUGGAGGGCCGCAGUGUCUGCAGGUUUAACUCCAGUCCUUCGAAGUUUAACUCAAAGUUAAAACCUGGCAGAUGCUGUGGCUCUCCAGGAUUUGAAUUUGAGAUCCCCGAUUUAUGGGGAGGACAUUUAGGCAGUAUUUUCACCCCUGCUGGGGGGGGGGGGGUUCUAGUAUUAAUCAUGGUGAUAGUUCCUUUAACACAUCAAGCAAUUUUGUGUAUGCACAUUUGCAAAGUGGAAUAUUUUUAAAUAUGCAUAUAAUUAAAAAAAUGUCCGAUAUACAUAAAUAUUUAUGAAUUCUGCUACGUGCACACUCACACCCCGAGCAUAGAGGUCACAACAGGCUGUUUUUAGGAUCGGCUGAAUUUUGUUUCUCCCACGUUUUAUACGAAGAUGUGGACAGUAACCAAUACCCACCUAAACUGAACUGCAGUCAGGAAAACCCACGAACCAUAGUCUGAACAUGAGUGUAUUAUUUUCCAUUGUAAUUUACUCCCAUUGCCAAUGUUCUACUGGUUGUUCCAACCUACUUUGUGAUUGGUGGAGCCUCUUUACUUCUGCUGUUGUGAUGACACACAAAGUGCCUUCCUCUGACUCACGUCUGUGCGUCCGACCCGCGAGCCGAGCUGUGAUCAGCAGCGGCUGACACGGCAUUCGGAUGGGAGCGCGAUCACAUCUACACGCCCGCCAAUCAACUGCAGAGGCUGCAGCACAGAGUGCUGCUCAAAAUGCAAUCAGGAGAAGAGGUGGAGAAGCAAAGAGACAUUUACUAAAAAAAACACAACGAACCCAAAUGCGGGGAAAAUAAAAUCACAGAUUAAUCUUGUACAGAUUAAAUUUAAAAUAGGAAAAGAAGAAAGAAGCCACGCCUUCAUAAAGAUUUCCUUCACACAGAAGUGCAGCUUCACAGUAACUCACUCACAGUAGUGUCGCUCGUCUUUGGGUGUUGGCACCAGUCUGUACGUAAUCUCAAUCAG